AUGAGGGUCAUUGAAGUAAUUAUUGACGGCUUCAAGUCAUAUGCCGUUAGAACGGUAAUCUCAGGAUGGGACGAGAGUUUCAACUCAAUCACCGGUCUCAACGGUAGUGGAAAGUCAAAUAUCCUUGAUGCGAUAUGUUUCGUUCUUGGAAUUACCAGUAUGGCAACUGUGCGAGCGCAGAACAUACAAGACUUGAUUUACAAGCGCGGACAAGCUGGCGUAACGAAAGCCAGUGUCACCAUCGUUUUCGACAACCGAGAAACCAAGAAGUCACCGAUCGGAUUCGAAGAAUAUGCCACCAUUAGCGUUACUCGACAGAUUGUUUUGGGAGGCACCUCCAAGUACCUCAUCAACGGUCACCGUGCACAACAACAGACUGUGCAGAACCUCUUCCAAUCGGUUCAGCUCAACAUCAACAGCCCCAACUUCCUAAUUAUGCAGGGUCGUAUCACCAAGGUUCUCAACAUGAAGGCUGUCGAAAUCCUGGCGAUGAUCGAGGAAGCUGCCGGAACAAGAAUGUUCGAAGACCGUCGAGACAAGGCUAUAAAAACCAUGGCUAAGAAGGAGACGAAAUUAGUUGAGCUUAAGGAGCUCCUAAAAGACGAGAUCGAGCCUAAGUUAGAGAAGCUACGAACAGAAAAACGUGCUUUCCUGGAUUUCCAACAAACACAAAACGACCUCGAAAGACUGACCCGAGUGGUUGUCGCAUACGAUUAUCUCAGAUAUCAGGACUCUUUGAGCCAAUCGGCCGCAGAUCUUGAAGGAAAGAAGCAGAGACAACGGGAUCUCGAAGAUUCAGCAGCUCGGUUGAAGAGUGAAAUUUCUCAUCUUGAGGAGGAUGUUAAGAAAGUCCGUGCUCAGCGAGACAAGGAGCUCCGAAAAGGAGGCAAGGCUUCAGCACUAGAGGAGGCAGCAAAGAAGCACUCGAAUGAGCUUGUGCGACUAGCAACCAUCCUUGACUUGAAGAAGUCCAGCUUGGCUGAGGAAGAGGAAAAGAAACUUGCAGUGGAGAAGACGGUUUCGGAGUUGGAAGCUACUCUAGAAGAUAAGACCGCUGCCUUCGAGAACGCAAAGGCCCGAUACGACGCAGCAAAGGAAGAUCUAGAACAGCAGAACAAGGAUGCCGAAUCCAAGGAAGAACUUCUGCAGACCUUGCAGACAGGUGUUGCUUCUAAAGAUGGUCAGGAGAAUGGUUACCAGGGUCAGCUUCAGGAUGCGAAGAACCGAGCGACUACAGCAGCUACGGAGCAAGAACAAGCCAAAAUCAAGAUUGCACACUUGGAAUCGCGGAUCAAGGAAGAGGAGCCGCGUGCUAAGAAGGCGAAGGAUCAAAACGCCGACCUACUGCGCGACCUUGAGGGUCUCAGGGCUCAAGCACAGAAACUCGAGAAAGAGCUUAGUCGACUGGGUUUCGAGCCUGGACAAGAAGAGCAGAUGUACAAGAGAGAGUCAGAGUUGCAGCAGACUGUCCGCAACCUAAGGCAGGAAUCUGACAAGCUGAAGCGUCAAGUCGCCAACACAGAGUUCAACUACGCUGACCCUGUGCCCAACUUUGACCGAUCCAAGGUCAAGGGUCUCGUUGCUCAACUGUUUACUCUCGAUGAAGGACAUACAAAGGCCGGUACUGCGCUAGAGAUUUGCGCCGGUGGUCGUCUAUACAACGUCGUUGUUGAUACUGAGGUGACAGGUACCCAGUUGUUGCAAAGGGGUAAGCUGCGCAAGCGAGUCACCAUCAUUCCCCUCAACAAGAUUGCUGCCUUCAAGGCUUCCGCUCAAACUAUUGCUACGGCCCAGAACAUCGCUCCAGGCAAGGUCGAUCUGGCGCUAUCCUUGGUCGGAUAUGAUGAUCAAGUGUCAGCAGCUAUGGAGUAUGUGUUCGGUAACACCCUCAUUUGUGCCGAUGCGGAUACCGCCAAGAGGGUCACUUUCGAUCCUAACGUCCGCAUGAGGAGUAUCACCCUUGAAGGUGAUGCCUAUGAUCCAUCUGGUACACUGUCUGGUGGAAGUUCACCAAACUCCAGUGGUGUUCUUGUUCUUCUACAGAAGCUCAAUGGCCUGACCCGACAGUUGGGCGAGGCUGAGGGCGCUCUGAAAGAGCUCCAGGGUCGCAUCUCAAAUGAGAAGGCCAAGUUGGAUCAAGCUCGCAAGAUCAAGCAAGGUCUGGACCUGAAGAGCCACGAGAUCAAACUCGCCGAGGACCAGAUCAGUGGCAACUCUUCUUCCUCCAUCAUUCAGGAGGUUGAGAACAUGAAGUCAACCAUCAAGGAGCUCAAAGAGAGCAUAGCCGAAGCCAAGACUCGACAGGCCAAGGCAAGCGCCGAUGUCAAGACGAUUGAGAAAGACAUGAAAGAUUUCGACAACAACAAAGACGCCAAGUUGGUUGAAUUGCAGAAAACCCUCGAUAAGCUACGAGCAGGUCUCGGCAAGAACGCGGCUGCAGUGAAGACAUUGCAGAAGGAACUUCAAGGCGCACAGCUUGACUCUGAGCAGGCAGGAGUCGACUUAUCUGCCGCCCGAGAACAGUUGCAAGAAGUCGAUGUGGCCAUCAAGGCGCAGCAGAAGGACAUUGAAGACCUUAACAAGCAGAAUGCUGAGCUAAAGGAGACACACGACACAGUGCAGGCUGAGCUUGACGAUGAGCGCGCCAAGCUACACCAGUUUGACGAUGAACUUCGAGCUUUGGAGGAUGCUACUCGUUCCAAGAACGCCCGUAUUGCUGAGGAGGGUCUCGAGAUGCAGAAGCUUGGUCAUCUCCUCGAGAAGUUCCACAAGGAGCAACAAGGUGCUGCCGAAAAGGUCGCUCGACUUGAAAAGGAGUUUGACUGGAUUGCAGAAGAAAAGGACAAGUUCGGUCGCAGCGGAACUCCUUAUGACUUCAAGGACCACAACAUUGGAGAGUGCAAGUCAACGCUACACAACUUGACUGAGCGAUUCCAGGGCAUGAAGAAGAAGAUCAACCCCAAGGUCAUGAACAUGAUUGACAGCGUGGAAAAGAAGGAAGUCUCACUCAAGCACAUGAUCAAGACCGUCAUUAGGGACAAGCGUAAGAUCGAAGAGACUAUCGUCAGCUUGGACGACUACAAGAAGAAGGCUCUUCAUGAGACAUGGGAGAAGGUCAACGGCGACUUUGGUAACAUCUUCUCCGAGUUGCUUCCAGGAGGCAGCUUUGCUAAGCUUGAUCCGCCUGAGGGCAAGACGAUUAGCGAUGGUCUUGAGGUCAAGGUUUGUCUUGGAAAGGUCUGGAAGCAAAGCUUGACAGAACUGAGUGGUGGACAAAGAUCUCUGGUCGCUCUAUCGCUUAUCAUGGCUCUGCUCCAAUUCAAGCCCGCGCCCAUGUACAUUCUCGACGAGGUCGACGCCGCGCUGGAUCUCUCACAUACCCAGAACAUCGGCCGUCUGAUCAAGACGCGUUUCAAGGGUUCUCAGUUCAUCGUCGUCAGUCUGAAAGACGGCAUGUUCCAGAACGCGAACCGCAUUUUCCGCACUCGUUUCAGCGAGGGUACCAGUAUGGUGCAGGCGCUUACUCCGGCGGAUAUGAAGUAG